AGCGGCGAUUGGUCAUUCCGUUCGCUGGUCUCGCGUGCGCCAUCGCCGUCGCCGACUUCGACUGUCAUGGCGUCGUUGCGACUGUCGGUGUGAUGAUGUGAUCUCGUGCCUGAUCUCGUGCUUCAACAACAACGACGACGAGGACGUGGUCGCGGUGUGUUUCACUUGGAGCUUCUCGGACGUUCCGCGAUGCCGUUCGUCCGAUCAUCGCCGAUGAUCGCACGGUUGUGAAUAGGAGCGAGCAGUGCCAAGGCAAAAUGUCGUGCGGGACGAGAAAGCGAAAGGAGGACGAGGGGCGAAAAGUAAACGAUGGGGAGCAGGAUAAUGUUUUCACGGACGAGAUGAAGGAGGAGAUAGAAACGAUGUGGGAGAUACCACAAAUUUUCCAUUUCCUUUAUUUAACGAAGGAAUCUCUUAAUAUACCUCAGUUAUCUUUGUACGAAAUGGAGAGGAUGCUGUUGAUACCGAGGGCCUCGAAACAGCUGGCUAACAUCAUGACGUGUUUAUUGAGUUCCCCGACUACCAAAGCAAAGCUACGCAAAAUACCACCAAUGCCAUAUGAAUUUUGGACCAAUAUUCUCGCGUACAAAAUGACGAGUUGGUUCAAAAUUUAUCGCGCGAAGCACGAAGACGCAACCAAAGUUCUAGAAACCAUCGGUGUUGAGCCAGAAUUUUGGAAUAUCUUUCCCGAGACUUCGAUGCUCAACGGCAGAGAUUUUGAAGACCUUAGCUUCAAACAAAGAGUCUGGUUGCUAAAAACCGUUUGUGAUACAAUCAUGCAUACUAGGAAAACGGUUCAGGAAGACAUGGUAAACCAACAGUGGGAGGAUCAAUUUGAAACGGUUUUAGGAAUUGAUCGCAACGGGGCGAAAUACAUUUACUUCCCUCAGUUUAUGCCAAACGAUUUUAGAAUUUACAGGCAUUCCUUAGACAAUAAAAUCUUGUCGACUGUUAAGCCUGCUAGACAAGAACGAGAAAUAGAAAGGAAUAAAUUUGUUAAAUACAGAAAGAGAAAAUUGCAAAUACGCAAUAAUUUGUUCGAUAGCAGAUCAAACAGGCACGAGAAUGGAAAUGACGAUAAAGAUCUUAGUAACAACGAUAGCGCUACAAGUUCGUUUAUCAGCGAGGAUACGAAUUUGAGUAGUACUAGUACGUGCAGUAACAAUAAUAACAACAUAAGCUUAGACACCAUAAGCAGGAAACGUCGCAGGAGUUUAUCGAAAAUGUCCGAGGAAAGUUUGCUAUCAAACGCGAGAUCCAGCGGCUACGAUACCCAUACCUCUAGCGAUAAUAAAUCUGUCGACGACGAGUCGUCACGGAUGUUCAAAGGUUUUUCCAAUACGCAAAAUGACAAUUGCAACAUAGAAAUAAUUAAUGAAAUGUUAGAUGAAUUGAAAACGGAAAUCGAUCAAGAAAAAAAAGUGAGCGAGAGCACUAGCGAUAACGAAUUAAUGUCGCAAGAAAACUCCGUAGAAUCGUACAAAAAUACUGCGGUAUCCUGUAGUGAAGCUGCAAUAGUUGAAAAAGAUGAGAACGAGAAAUCGAACGACAACUUAUCCAACAGUUCAAAGACAGACGAUGAGAAACUAAAUGAGAUAAUUAAUGCCGAAAGUUCCAAGUUACCUGAAGAUAUAUAUUCCAAAAAUAUUUCCGCUGGUGAUAAUGUAAGUGAUAUAUCAAUAUUGAUAUCCAAAUCGGAUGACGAGAAACUGAGUGAAACGAAAACCAGUGAUAGUAAUGUUAGCGCGAGUGAGACUAGUUUAAAUAGAAAAACAAUUUUUAACGAGUUGUUUUGUACAUCUUCCAACAAUAGUACGUCGUUAAGUGAAGAAGUGACUAGACAGUAUCUCAGUGAAAAGCCAUUGGUGACAGAAACAGAAACGAAAGAUCCAAUGCAAGAAAGAAAUUUCACAAAAGGAAUGAAGCUACGAUCCCGAAAUAUAGUAAAACAAUUUGAUCAACAGGAUAAAAUUGAAAUGAUAAAAGAGAAGAUAAAAAAGGAGCAGAGAUUAGAAAAUAACCAAAUAAAUGAGACAGAUGAGGAAGAUUUCUCCGCGAGCGAGAUGCGAUUACAAACGAGCAUAGAAUACGAUUUGGACGAUUAUAUAAGCAAUACUGAUCUUGGUUACAAUUUGCGAAGCUCCAAAGAUCCGAAGACGGAAGAAUGGAAACAACGUUUCGACAAGAUGUUGUCCGAUCUCAGCGUUUCCGAUUUUUAUCUUGUAGCCGAUAGUGUGGAAGGCUUGAGGAAUCUUAUUGCUAGUUUUUCGGAUACGAGUGAUUCGGAAAGCAAUUCCAAUAACGUGGAAGUUAUUCCUUUGUGUGAAGUAAAAUUGGUAAAGAAGCUUACUGAAUUAUUAGGUUCGAUAGAACCGAUGGAGAUGAGUAUAAAAGAUGCAACGCGAAAAGCGAAGGCAAAACUUCAAAGAGAAUGGUCUAAUUUUAAAGAAGGCAGUGUGGAGGAUCAGGACUCACCCGGUGAGAGUGGUCUCAGCUCUAAUUGGUGGGUUCUUGGAUCACAGGGCAGGGAUUCACUCUCAAUUCCCGGAGAUGCAACGUUACAAACGUUAUCGCAAUCUGCCCUAUCCCCACUUGGCACCCAAAAUAACCAAAAACAGCCGCGACAAGUCGAGAAUGAAUGCGAAAUCGCAGCCAAAAAUUUCGAACAGAGCCAGCACGAGAAUCAAGAGGCAAGUGACGAACAGCAAAAUGGAAGCGACGAGAAGCAACCGGAUGUCGAGGCAUCACCAGGAAGUAGCCAAGUCGUGGAAGAAGGAGAGAAACAAGAACACAAACAACAAGAAAAAAACGAAAACACAUCAAACGACGAAGAUGAAAAGCAGGAACCGCAACGCAAUAGACGAGUAUUACGAGCGCGCGGUAUCUCUUCGUAUACAGAACAGCUUUAUUCAGACGACGAGAGCAACGAGGAUCAGUUGGAGGAAUGGACCGACGUUGAGGCAGUGUACGCGGCUCCCGGCACACAGGCCAAUACAUCCGCUUCUAACAUUAAUCCGAAAGAACGAGACGCUAACUACAGGUCGGAUGAGGAGGACUCAGAUCAAGAUUGGAUUCUACCGAGCUCUCGCAAAAGGAAAAAUAAACGUUCGUCUGCCAAUCGAAGAUUAAAAUCGUUUGAGCAUAAACUGCAAAACAUCAAGGAAAACACGUCACAAAACAAUGUGGCGUCGUCCGAUGUUUCUUAUCCUGCCAAUACGAAAAUUAUCAAGGAUAAGUUAAAGAUUAAACUUGCAGAUAACAAGACUAAAGAAUCUGAAAAACCGGUUGAACCACGAAUCUCUGGUAGUGAUGCUGUUGCAUCUGUGAGCAACAAGAAUCUUAAGAGAGUAGUGCCUUCCACGGACACAAUUUGCAAGAUCGAAUCUAUCAAGAGUGUGCACUCGGAGCUGGACAUAAAAGAUGAGACUCCGACGUACGAAUCCAAUCCGACGAAUUACUAUGGACAGAACUACGGAUCUGCAAAUACACAACAAAAUUAUUAUUACAUGAUGCCACAGAAUCCUGGAGUUGUGCCGCAAGCUCCCCAGGGAGCGAUAAUGCAAGGAACCAUGCCGCAAGCUCCGCAUGCGCCUUACUACGUGCGGCCUUAUAUAAUGCCACCUCCCCAGGGCAAGUAUUUGCCCGCCGCUCAACAGCAACAACAACCUGUUUAUCAACAGCAAAACCCGCAGAUGAUGAUGGCCCAACCGUAUGUCAACAAUGCGAAUUAUGUACCCUAUAUACCACCUCAACCUCAGGCAGGAUAUAUGGUUGCACCAGGGCCGAUGGCAAACCAACCGAAUCCACAGAAUCCGAUUCAUUAUGCUCCCAGACAGCAAAAUAGACAACAUACUAGAUAUACAGCGCCGCGACAGAAUGCGCAACAUCCUAAUGGUGCGAUAAGACACAACGCGCCUACCAGAGGCGGUUAUCAGAGACCCCCUAACUCGAGAAACAUAAAAGGCAAUGCUCCUUUACAACCUUCAAAGCAAAGGCGGAGAACAUUGCAGACGGAAAAGUCCGGCACGGAGAAUAACGGUCAGAAAGUUACAUCUGUGAUUAUGCUUAGUGACAGCGAUGAUGAGAUAGAGAUGAUUGUUAUGGAAAAGACUUCUACAGAAAAAACAACUUCAACUAAAAGAGAGUUUGAGCUUCAGAGAUCCAUCAAUCAGUCUAAGCAGAAACCUACGAUCACUUCGGACAUCACAGUUCCUUCGACAAAGGGCAUUCUUUCGCCGCAGAUCAUUCAACGAAUGAGCCAGGGCGGUAUAUCCAUCACGCCAGUGAAAAAUAAUCCGCCGCCGACAACGAAUAGCAACACACAACUGGUGGUGGUCGUGAACGAGACUGGAAGUCAUUACGCUUUGGCAUUACCCAAUGGCAGCAAACUUAUACUCACUCCGGAGCAGGUGGCACAAAUCAGGGCCUCGAAUGGAGGGAAACUGAUCUUGUAGAGCAGUGUAAUACGACGAUUAUCCCGGAUUGCCGCACGUGUCUUUGCUUCGUUUCCUAAUUUUUCAUAAUUGACGACAGUAAAUGUGAUACUGUAUUAUAUUACUGUGCAAUCCGACAAGUUUUAAUCUCAUACUCUACUGACUUAGUUAUUAAUUAGAUUAUAAAAACGAAGAAAUUUAUCAACACCAUUCAUCAUACGACGGCGGACGUUUAAAGAGAAUUAAUUUAAGGAUCCUCUUAGGCUACAUAUUCCUCGUUGUGAAAUGUACAAAGAAUACUUUUGAAAAAAACGUUGUUAAUUCUAAUUAGUUUCGUCUCGUAAUGUACAGUUUAUGUAUCGACCAGUAUAGUCAUUAUGAAUAAUGAUAUAUUAUGAAUCUGAAUCUGAAUCUGUGCGGAGAACAAAAGAUCUAUUAAAACCGCAUGUUUCUUUAGUAUUA